GUCACUGUACUAUUGUAGCGCCUGCGACAUAAGCAGUUCUUUCGUUGCUCUCAAUUCGAUAAGUUGGCUUUUACUUCGUUCCAAUUAUUUAAUCGAUUUGACACAAAUUUCUGUAAAAAUUCGCUAAAAUGUUCUCACGAUUGUCUGUUUCGAUUGCCAAACAAGCUGGAAAGAAUUUCUCCACCACAUCACAGAACAAUGUUAAAGUUGCUGUUGCUGGUGCAAGUGGAGGAAUUGGUCAACCAUUGAGCUUGUUGUUGAAACAAAGCCCAUUGAUUUCCGAACUUUCGUUGUACGAUAUCGUGCAUACACCAGGAGUUGCAGCUGAUUUAUCGCACAUUGAUACGCCAGCCAAAGUUCUUGGUUUCAAUGGCGCAGAAAACUUAGAAACUGCACUCAAAAAUGCUGAUGUUGUCAUCAUCCCAGCUGGAGUUCCACGUAAACCAGGAAUGACCCGUGAUGAUUUGUUCAACACAAAUGCUGGUAUUGUACGUGAUUUGGCCGUUGCUAUUUCAAAAGUUUGCCCAAAUGCUUUGGUUGGUAUUAUUACCAAUCCAGUUAAUUCAUGUGUGCCAAUUGCAUCCGAAGUAUUGAAAAAGGCAGGAACCUACGAUCCAAAUCGCAUCUUUGGUGUAUCAACUUUGGAUGUUGUUCGUGCUCAAGCCUUUAUCGGUGAAGCAACAAACACAAAUCCAUUGGACGUUAAAAUCCCAGUUAUCGGUGGUCACUCAGGUGUUACAAUUCUGCCAGUUUUGUCACAAAGCGUGCCAUCCGUUAAUUUUUCACAAGAUAAAAUCAAAGCACUCACUGAACGUAUUCAAGAGGCCGGUACAGAAGUUGUUAAAGCCAAGGCUGGAGCUGGCAGUGCGACGCUAUCAAUGGCAUAUGCCGGAGCUCGUUUUGCUCUUUCAUUGGUCAAAGCAUUGAAAGGCGAUCCAAAUGUUGUUGAAUGUUCAUACGUACGUUCAGACGUCACAGCCGCUACAUACUUUGCAACACCAUUGAAAUUGGGCAAAAAUGGUGUCGAAAAGAACUUGGGACUACCAAAAUUGAAUGCUUUCGAACAAACACUUUUAGAAGCCGCCAUCCCAGAAUUGCAAAAGAACAUCAAAAAGGGCGAGGAUUUCGUUAAGAAUAACUAAAUUUCCAUUGGACUCACAAAAAAAAAAACAAACAAAUGCCGAUAUAUUAUCUCCAAAUUCUUAUCAUUUUCUGUUACCAGAUUUUUGUCAAUUGUAUAGAAUGAAUGUAAGUUGGCUCCCAAUUGGUUGCUGAUUUCACGCAUGACUUUUGUAAUAUAUAUAAAAACAAGAAAAUAGAAGAUUUAAAAUCCACAACGAGCAUAUAAGUUCAAACAGAAAUAAAAACGAACCAUGAUUUAAUCAAAAUUCAAA